CUGCAGUAGUAGACUGUGUGUUAGCUGUUAGCUGUUAGCGCCUCCCCUGGGCAAUAAAGUGAGCUCAGGCCGCCACCUCAGGCGCUAACAUCAGCGCUAUUUGACAGUAUUUGCUUGGCAUAUUUAAAUACAGCCAAAUAUGACUGUAGCUGCAUAAUUAUCUCCAUCUGAACGUCAGCCUAACACGUUGUUAGAGGCCCCUGUUUUCAGGGGAAGGAGGAGGACAGGGCACAGGGGGAUCAGACACAACUUGCAGCAACAAGAGACCUCAGCUAAAAGAAGACGUAUAGCAGCAUGGCCAGUUGUGGAGAAGUGAACCUCUCUGUGAAUGCCUCAGCUGCUUCCAAGUUGAAAGAAGAAGCAGAAGAGGACUCUUGCAGCAGCUCCACACCCAUCACCACUGCUUUACCCCCGGAGUGUGCCAUCUGCCUGCAGAGCUGUGUCCACCCUGUCCGUCUCCCUUGCUGCCAUGUCUUCUGUUUCCUGUGUGUGAAAGGCGCCUCCUGGCACAGCAAGCGCUGUGCUCUCUGCCGACAAGAAAUACCCGAGGACUUCCUGGAGCGACCUGUUCUACUCUCGCUUGAAGAACUGAAAGCCGCAGCUGCUGGACUGAACCAGAGCGGGAGCGAGUCCCGUGGAGACUACACAUGGUACUAUGAAGGGCGCAACGGCUGGUGGCAGUACGACGAGAGGACCAGUCGAGAGUUGGAGGAGGCCUUCAUGAAGGGGAGGAAGAGCACUGAGAUGCUGAUUGCAGGGUUUCUUUACGUGGCAGAUCUGGAGAAUAUGGUGCAGUAUCGCAGGAAUGAGCACGGCCGCAGACGCAAGAUGAAGAGGGAUGUAGUUAAUAUCCCUAAGAAGGGCGUGGCUGGACUGAGGUUAGAGUCUGAGCAUGUUUCUGUCCCUGCCUUAUCAGGUACGAUCUCUGCAACAGCAGAUCGUGUUAGCUCAGCUGACGGCUCUGACUCUGCAGGCCAGUCUCAGGCUUCAUCCUUUGGGAUUAUGGUUCCUCUUCCACCUGUUAGACCUCAAACCCUCCUCGGACGUCAUCUUAACAGUCCUCUGUCUCCUUCACCAUCAACACUGGAACAAUCUUUCUCUCAGCUCCUAAUCAGCCAGCCACAGGGUGAAAAUGUAGAGGAAGAUGAUGAGCUGAACACAUAUGAGUCUGCAUCAGGGAGCAGUGAGAGUGAAGAAGAAGAGGAGGAGGAGGAGGAGGAAGAGAGUGGUGGAAGGAGAGGGCAGUCUGGGGCACGAAGACGGCGCACACAGAGACCACUAAGAGAGAGCCAGCCAACCAGAAUUCCCCCUAGAGGCAUGCCUUCCAGCUCCUCCCUCAGUCUUCGCUCUCGCAGUCCAGAUGGACAGUGCACCAUGACAGAAGUAUAACCCACCAGAGGUGUCUCCAUUUCAUAACACUCCUACCAGCUCAGCAAGAAAGUCUAAAGACAUAACGCAUCCCAAAGGUCUCAUGGAAAGGAGAAGUACCUCUAUUGUGCUGUUCUGUUAACCCAACAUGAUGAUGUGCCAAAUACAGUCUUUUGUCUGUCGAGUUUGACAUAAAAUAAUUAAUGGGUUCAAAUAAUCCUUUUAUCUAAAGCUUUAUAACACUGAAAACAAUUUCCUGCAACAGGAUAAAAUUCUAAGUACAUUUUUAAAGGACAUGUAACAUGUUUCAACACCUUCUCCAAAACUGGUUUCAGACAAAAAUAUGAGUAGCAAGAACAGGCUGGUUUCUUUACUCAUAAAAGUGCGGUUUUAAUGCAGUCAGAGAUGGAUGCUUAAACAGUUCAUGGACAGAUGCUGGAACUCUCAUGUGUGAUGGUUUUAGUCCAUCUUCAGGUCCCUUAAAUACAGUAGCCAGGUGCAUCAGUAGACAAAUGAAUCUAGUGAUCUGCAAAAUAAAAUAAAUGUUUUGGUCCGUGAGCCUGGUGGCUUUGAAAAGUUUCAGCAGCAGGGAUACCUGAGGUGUUGAAAUGCUUCAGAAGUACAGAAGUAUGGAAGAAUAUUUUUAUUUCCUUUCCUAUUCUCUCAAAUGUACCCCCCCCCCCCAAACACACACACCCACCUACUUCCUUGUGUUCUUCCUUUUCCUUCUGUCUUUAUGUCCUUGCUUCCUACCUUUUGUCCUUCCUUGGUCCCUUCCUCUCCCCCUUCCUUCCUUACGUUCUUCCAUCCUUCUUCCUGUCCUACCUUCCUUUAUUCUUUCCUUAUCCUCCCUCACGUCCUUCCUUAGUCCCUUUUCUUCCUUGUUUAUUUUCGUUGUCCUUCCUUCAUUGCUGUCUGUUUUUCAGUGGUAUAUUUAAAGCCUAAACAGUGGAAGCAACUGGCAUAAAUUCAUGGUAAACUUUUGUAUUUCACUUUCUAAAUGGGGGUUAAAGCACUGAGAACUGUGCCAAUUUGAGGGGAAAAGUUAAAGGAACCCAGAACUUAGAUUUAAACAAAUUUAGAUUUUUUUUAAGGUUGCUAAAAAUUCCAGUGAAUUGAACAAAAAGUGUUUUGUUUAAAGUGCUAAGCAAUACAUCAACAACUCAUGGGCUUUCCAGCAUCUACAGUAUUUAUGAUCAAAAGAGCGCCCCCUUGUGGCCGUGUUCUUGGAUCAAGUACAGAAACGCUUUGUUUUGGUGAGUUUCGUUUCAAAGAAAAAAAACUUGUUUGCAUUUGUUGAAGCAGUGGUGCAUCAUUUAUUAUCCAGUCAAAUCUUGCUUUUUCUUUUAAAUCUUUUUAACUCAGUAAUUUGGCUGAGACUUUAAUUGUUUUAUUUUUUACAACUUCUUGAGUAAUUGAGUACAAAUCAGGCCAACAUGUAGCACCUUACCUAAGAGCUGCAGAAGUUUAACAGCUUAUAGUUUUUUGGGUUUUUUUUUCUGCUGUGCUGAUUUAUUUUAAAGUGAGGUUACUCAGGAUGUGAUGUGCUGAAAUUAAAACUGGAGGUUUUUGUGUAUAUAAAUGUUACGUGUGAGAGCAGAGGGAGGCUGUUUUCCCUUUAUUUUAGUGUCUUGUUUUAAUCACAGAGUGCUGGUGCUGUGAACAGCGCUGGGUGCUGAUAAACUACUGGCAGAUCCACUGGAAAGUAUUAGUUUCUAUGUUGAGGGACACAUAUUUAGGUUUCUAUUUUCAUCAGAGAACUCCUAACAGAAUCACUAUCAAUGUAGCUUGAUUGACAUGUUCUUGGAUGAGCGCAGCCUGUUUACACCCGCUCUGGUUCUUUCCCUUUUCCUGCUGCUGGUUUUGUUUUACUUCAUCUUUUUUUUGUUUGACUCUUUUUGUGUUUCCAAGUGUUUCUUGUUUUGAGAAACUAUUAGUGUUUAUCAAUGACUUAAAGUUACAUUCUUCUGAAUGACUUCUUUUAAGUAUUGGGUCAUUAAUAAAACACUCAUACAAAGUCAUAUUUACAAACAAAUUGAUAUUUGCACACACUGUAUAAAAAGGUUUUCUCACUAUUUAACAUUAAAUCACUCUAAACUUG